AUUAAAAUAGGGGGCAAAAUAGUGCAACAGCAAGAACAAAAUCAACCAAACAUUUUAUUCGUCGGAUAUUUAAACAAAAAAUUAAAUUAAAUUUAUCUGGAAUGGCCGGAGACACAGAAAACAGUAGUUCGGAUACAACAAGCGAUCAGAUUGAUCUGUCGGUUUACAGGAAACUGGUCAAACAAUUCAUAGAAAUGCGGCGAUAUGGAACGGCUUUAUUUUGGGCUGAAAAGGUUGCCGUAUUAAGUAAUCAGGAACCGCGAGAUAUUUACUAUCAGGCUCAGUGUAUGUUUCUGUUGGGUGAAUUUCAUCGAGCAGCCCACACAAUCCACCACCAUAAGCUGGAGAAGAGCUCAUUACCCUGCUUCAAUCUGCUGCUCGAGAGUUUAUAUGCAGCCAAAGAGUUCAACGAGGCUGUCAAUGUGAUCCAAACCGUGGAGGUGGAACUUAUGACCAUCUCACUAAUCAAUCAACCCGUGGAAGCAGGCAGCGGCUACUAUAUGGAGAGCAACAGUGUCUUUGGUGGCGAGGAAAACUAUCGCAACGAGCUGCUCUCUUCUAUUUAUUUGAUGAAGGGAAAGGUCUACGAGGCUAUGGAUAAUCGUGGCAUGGCUAUGGAUUUCUAUAUUCAAGCCCUACACAAAUCAGUUUAUUGCUUUGAAGCUCUCGAAGCGUUGGUCCAGCAUGAAAUGCUAAUGGCCUGGGAGGAGUUUGAGCUAAUGCAACACUUGCCACUGGCACAACAAUCCAGCGAAACAGAUGCCAAACUUAUUCUUAAACUGUAUGAAUCCAAAUUAAAGAAAUAUUACGAGUUGAUAACUGCUCGCACUGCUGAUGAGAUUUCGCCCAUUGUUAAUCCGGACGUUCUACAGUUUAUCAAUGAGUUUACGGUGCGAAUUCAGCAAAAAAACAAAGAACCAGAAAAGGAACCACCAGCUGCUCCAAAGACUGGUGUCCCAAAAGCUCCACUAUUUCAGUUUAUGUCGCCAGCUCAGAAAGUUCUCGAAGAUCUGAAAGCUCCUACAUUCUCGUUGCAAACUAGUUUAUCGCGUGCAUCCUCUAUGAUGGAUGCCUCACACCGUUCCCUCUUUGAUUCCUCAAGUCGAAGGCGUUCACGAGACAUGGAAAACACAUUGCUCAUGUCUCUGGGAGAUUGCUUGAAUCGAAUUCAGCGAAGUACAGAUCUUAUGGCUGCCGAAGCAGAGAAAUGCUUCUAUGACUGCGAUUACAAACAGUGCCUUAAAAUCUUAAAUGACCUGCUUAAAAUGGAUCCGUUCCACAAUAAUGCAUUGACCAUACAAAUUGCCUGCCUGGUGGAACACGGCGAUUUCAAUCGUCUCUUCUAUGUGGCCCACAAACUGGUGGAUCGGUAUCCGGAUAAGGCCAUUGCUUGGUAUGCUGUGGGCUGUUACUACGACAUGAUUGGCAAGAGUGAUCCAGCCAGACGUUAUCUAUCGAAAGCCACUGCCUUGGAUCGUCUCUAUGGGCCGGCCUGGUUGGCAUAUGGUCAUUCAUUUGCCAAUGAGAAUGAGCACGAGCAAGCUAUGGCGGCCUAUUUCAAGGCCACACAACUGAUGCGUGGCUGCCAUUUGCCCCUGCUCUAUAUUGGAGUGGAGUGCGGUCUGACCAAGAAUUUGGAAUUGGCCGAAAAGUUCUUUUUACAAGCAAUGACCAUAGCUCCGCUGGAUGUUUGUGUCCUACACGAGUUGGGCGUAAUCAAAUAUGAAUAUGAAUAUUAUGAGGGAGCGGAAGCGAUCUUCCAAUGCACGGUAGACAUUGUAAAACAACGAGCCAAAACAAAUGGAGAGGAGAUUUCAUCACGCUGGGAGCCACUCUAUAUAAAUCUAGGACAUGCUUGCCGAAAAGUGCAGAAAUAUGAAGAGGCCUUGGUUAAUUUUAAAUUUGCUCUUCUGUUGAAACCCCAAACGGCUACCACAUACACUUCGAUUGGGUUUAUACAUGCUCUGCUUGGCUAUCUGGAUCCGGCCAUAGAGUAUUUCCAUAAGAGUUUAUCAUUAAAUCGUGAUUGCAUUGUAACAUCGACAAUACUGAAAACCUGCAUUGAGGAUCUUAUGGAUGAUCCGGCCACGAUUGAUGAAAUUUGUGGUGCCGCAUUGGCAGAUGUCACCAAGUCCAUUACGGAUAGUAGUCGACGAGUUCUUAACUCAGAUAAGUUCAAUGGCAUGAAACUCAAGUUCGAUGAAGAAGAGGAAUUUACCAAUACAGAUUCAAAUAUGGCUGUUGACAUGAGCUUCGAUACGUAAAACAAAAAACACACAUUAGGCUCAUCUCGCUCUUAUAUACUGUGUAUAUGCUGACUGCACUUGAACUUAAUUCCAUGUGAACACAGCAUACACAGCUGUUUUAACUAAUGAGCCAAGUCUUUGGGAUUUUUUCAUAUGUUUUUUCCCAUACCAUGUAUAUUUGAACUUGCCGUCUAUGAAGUUUUGGCGGCUUUUGAAGUAUUUAAGCGUGCGAGUUUUUAUCAUUUAGUUUAUAUUACUUAUAGUUGUGUUGGAAUCUGAAAGAUCUGUCUAACGAUCACAAAAAGAAACUUGAAUUUAUUUAAGAAAUUAAAUCUCCUAAAAGGA